AUGCAACCUGCCACCAACUUUCCUCGUAGCUUAUAUACUCCUUCAAUCUUUGCUCUCAUCUCCUCAGAGAUUUCGAUGCAGGAGAGGAUGAAGAUGAAGCGAAAAUUUUGGAUCAGGUCCCUUGUUUUUGUGACAUUUAUACUGGGAACCUUGCACUUCUUAGCCACAGGAGCUGCCGGCCAGAGCCAGGGCCUUUUAGCUACGAAGGAGAACCGGAGGAGUGUGGUGUACACAGAGGCAGGAGAAAUCACAGCUCUCGAUGUUAGCAAUGGACAGAAGGAUUUCGGAUCAUACCAUAUGGAGUUCUUUACGCUCGACACUCGCUCGCUGCUUCUUCCCGUUCUGCUACAUGCAGAUAUGGUGUUCUAUGUGCACACAGGCAGAGGAACUAUUAGCUGGAUUGACAAGAAUAAGGUUGAAGUUCUCCAGGUUGAGCCUGGAGACAUCUACAGACUGGAAGAAGGAACUGUUUUCUACAUCCAAAGCAGUGGGGAUUCAAACAGAGAAAAGCUUAGGAUCCAUGCAAUUUUCAGCACCGAGAACCCUACUAAAUGUUUGCCAACUCGCAUUUUAUCUUCGAAAAAAAAUCCUCAAGAAAUCUGCUGGAAAAAUGAAAAAUUUUCAGCCAGAAAAUCAGCCGAGUCUUUUAUAGGAGGAGCUUACUCCAAUAUUGCUGAUUUGGUUCGAGGUUUUGAUAUGGAAGUUCUCCAGAUGAGCUUUGGAGCAUCAGUUGAAGUUAUUGAAAAGAUUAAGAGAACUGAGAAGCCACCUCUUAUCAUUCCUUUUGAGGUAAAGAAUGAAAGUGAAAGCCAUAAUAGCGAUUGGAAAGGAGUUUUUGAAGCUGUUUUGGGAAUGAGAACAGACGAUGUUCUGAAUGGCAACGUUGAUAAGAAGGCCUUCAAUGUUUUCAAGAGAAAGCCAGAUGUGGAGAACAGGCACGGCCGAAGCAUUACCUUGACUCAAAAGGAUGUAAAAUCAUUAGAAGGUUCUUCCAUGGGAGUUUUUAUGGUGAAUUUGACAAAGGGAUCUAUGAUAGGGCCACAUUGGAACCCAAAGGCCACAGAGAUAGCCAUUGUUAUUGAAGGUCAUGGAAUAGUACAAGUUAUAUGCCCUUCAAAUCCAUCAGGUUUUGGAAUCGAAAAAUUCACAACAAAGAAGUUCUAUGUGAAGGAAGGUGAUGUGUUCAUCAUUCCAAAAUUCUAUCCGAUGACUCAAAUGUCGUUCAACAAUUCCUCCUUUGUUUUUGUGGGAUUUAGUAACAAUGGGAAGAAGAACCAUCCUCAGUUUCUAACAGGGAAAUGGUCAGUGAUUCAAGCUAUGGAUAGGGAAGUCAUGGCAGCUUCUUUUAAUGUGACGAGUAAGACAUUUGAACAUCUCUUGGCUAAACAAAAAGACGAAGUGUUGUUAGGAUGUGAAGGAUGUGCUGAGGAAGUGAAGAAGAAAUUAGAGGAAGAGGACGAAGAGAGGAGAAGGAAAAAAGAGGAAGAGGAGGCUAAAAGAAGAGAGGAGGAAGAGGAAGCAAGAAGACACGAGCAAGAAGUAAGAAAAAGAGAGGAGGAAAGGAAGAGAGAGGAAGAUGCCCGAAGGAAAGAAGAGAAGGAAGAAAAGAAGAGAGAGGAAGAAAGGAAGGCGAAGGAGGCUGAGCAAAGAAGUGUGGAAGAAGAAGAAGCACAAAGGAGAAAGGAAGAGGAGGAAACCCAAAGGAGGGAGGAAGAAGAGGAAGCACAAAUGAGAGAAAAAGAGGAGGAAGCACAAAGAAAAUGGAAGGAGGAUGAGCAAAGAGCAAGGGAGACAAGAGAGAAAGAAGAGGAAAUGAGAAUAAGAAAGAGAGAAGAGGAAGUACAAAGAGAAAGGGAAAGAAUGAAGGAAGAAGAGGAAGUGGGCAAAGGAGAGAAAAGGAAGGGGAAACAUAAAGGAGAUGUGAUAAGGAAGAGUAAUGAAGAAAAAGAUGAGGCCCAAAAAAAAGAGGAAGAAGAGGAGGAUGGAAUGAGAAAAGGUGAAGGGGAGAUUGAAAAGGGAGAGGAAAGAGAAAAAAUCAAAGGAAGGGAAAUGUGA